GGUGUCUCAUAAUAUCGUCGAACAAAAAUAGAGAUGGAGAGAGACAGAGCACUUGGCAUUCUCUUCAGAGGACGACUCAGAUAGCCCAAAACUUGGCGUCUUCAACGCUUUCCCAAUCCAAAAACUCAAAAAAUCGAAUACCACUUUCCCUUCUUUUCCUUCUCACCCUUUGUUUGUUCAUCAGCGCUACAACUGCCAUCUCUAUACCUCUCUCUUUCUCUCCCACAUUUCUAUCUUCACCAUCCAUGAACCUCUGCAUCUUCUUCCUCGCCUAGAUUAACAGAAUCCAAUCCAAGUUCGUUUCUUUCCUUCUGGGUUUUCGAUUUCAGCUUCUGGGUCUUCUUCGUUUUCUUCUUCUACUACCACUACUUCAUCGCUCGCUCUCAUGGCUGCUUCGUCCUUCACAUCUCCGCUCUGCACGUGGCUGGUCGCUGCUUGCAUGUCUGUCACGUGCGGCGCAGACCACCCCACGUGCCCGUCCAUGCUCGGUUCCUGCAAGAGACCGACCAAAUGGGCUCGCAAGAGGAGGGUCUCGUCCAAAUGCAGUUCCGAAUUCCAGAGGGGCUUGAUUUCCUCUCUCUGUGGAUCCAGCAUUCAGGGCCUCAUGAGUACGUGCCUCGCUUUCGAGCCCUGCAAUGAGUACUAUAGCUCCAAGGGCCUCUCUUCUAUGGGAUUUUCCUCUCUGUUCGGAUCCAAGAGUGUUCCUCUGAAUCGUAGACAGAGGCGAUUGAGUCGACCACCCCAUUCCGGGGAAGCCAUGGCUGUAGCAGUGCAACCUGUGGAGGAAGUCACCACGAGAAAGAAACCUCUCACAAAGCAAAGGCGAGUAGUUGUGACAGGGAUGGGUGUCGUGACCCCACUUGGUCACGAGCCAGAUGUCUUCUACAAUAAUUUGCUUGAGGGUGUCAGUGGCAUAAGUGAGAUCGAGACUUUUGAUUGUGCCCAAUUUCCAACGAGAAUUGCUGGAGAGAUCAAGUCUUUUUCAACUGAUGGAUGGAUUGCGCCAAAACUUUCCAAGAGGAUGGACAAAUUUAUGCUUUACAUGCUUACUGCUGGCAAAAAAGCCUUGGCAGAUGGUGGAAUUACAGAAGAUGUAAUGAAUGCUUUAGAUAAAACAAAAUGUGGAGUUUUGAUUGGCUCAGGAAUGGGUGGCAUGAAGGUUUUUAACGAUGCGAUUGAAGCUUUAAGGGUCUCAUACAAGAAGAUGAAUCCUUUCUGUGUGCCUUUUGCAACUACAAACAUGGGUUCUGCCAUGCUUGCAAUGGAUCUGGGAUGGAUGGGCCCAAACUACUCUAUUUCUACUGCCUGUGCUACAAGCAACUUUUGUAUAUUGAAUGCAGCAAACCAUAUCAUCAGAGGCGAAGCUGAUGUAAUGCUUUGUGGAGGCUCAGAUGCAGCAAUCAUACCUAUUGGCUUGGGAGGUUUUGUGGCAUGCAGAGCACUUUCCCAGAGGAACGGUGAACCAACAAAAGCUUCGCGCCCUUGGGAUAGUAAUCGUGAUGGAUUUGUUAUGGGAGAAGGAGCUGGGGUUUUGCUCUUAGAAGAAUUAGAGCAUGCUAAGAGAAGAGGUGCAAAUAUCCAUGCAGAAUUUCUUGGUGGAAGCUUCACCUGUGAUGCUUAUCACAUGACUGAGCCACGCCCUGAUGGGGCUGGUGUUAUCCUCUGCAUAGAAAAGGCGUUAGCUCACUCUGGGGUAUCUAAGGAGGAUGUGAAUUAUAUAAAUGCACAUGCUACAUCCACACCAGCUGGAGACAUGAAAGAGUACCAAGCUCUUAUUCACUGUUUCGGCCAGAAUCCUGAGUUAAGAGUGAAUUCUACGAAAUCUAUGACUGGUCACCUAUUGGGAGCAGCUGGUGCUGUGGAAGCUGUUGCAGCAGUACAGGCAAUACGGACUGGGUGGGUUCAUCCAAAUAUCAACCUGGAAAACCCAGAUGAAGGCGUGGAUACAAAUGUGCUGGUGGGCUCAAAGAAAGAGAGACUGGACGUUAAAGUGGCGUUGUCUAACUCAUUUGGGUUUGGUGGUCACAACUCAUCAAUCAUUUUUGCUCCUUACAAGUGAAAUAGACCUGGUGGGCUACUCCAACCUGCUGUUUGAUGCUGAAGUUGGUGAGUACCAGGAAAUUUGGUUGGUUGCCGGGCCUCGCGCAAUCGAAUUGGUUGGACUGCUGGUCACAAGAGAAUACAGAUAGCCCUAUGGACCGAGAUAAGAGAAAGCAUGGAGCUACACCGACGGGUUAAUCAUGUAGUACUCUUGCUAACAUUGUUAAAAGACUUUACUUUUAUCAGACUUGACAAAGUAGGGCUCGAUCUACUUGAUAUCCACAAUUGAACCAGUGUACAUUGCAAUACUGGCCUUGUCUUAAGUUUCUUUCUUUUCUUUUUUAAUGUACAAGUAAAUGGCUGAUCUAAUUGUUAUGAUAAUCAUUUGUAAUGAAUUUUGAGAUGGCAGUUUCAUAGGUUAUUCUGCGAUGUUC